GAAGCCUCUUAACUUACAUUUACAUGAUUGACAACUGCAAGGAACGAUCCUCAGUGUGCUUCUAUUAUAUGCAUACAGUAUCUAGGGAUAUUACAAGAGGGGAUCUCCUUCUCCUAUAUUGACUAUGGUUGUCGCUCCCAAGUUGUAUCCGCGCGCAACAGUUAAGCGCAUCGUGAAAGCCCAUUCAAGGCGCAAUAUCUCUAAAAAUGCAGAUAUCUUGAUUUUCCUGGACUACAUGCUCUUCAUACAAGAGUAGGCAUUGGUCCCCCUCCUAGCUCGAAUUGUCCUUCUCGAUAGGGGAUUCAGAAUCAUUAUCAUUGCUCGUGAAAAUGACCCUUUCCUUUUUCCAGAUUAAUGCGCGAGGCCUCCAUCCGUUCAAGAAAAGGCGGAGAGAAAAUUCUCUCAGCGAGAAGCAUCAGGAAGGUGACAGAAGGUACGCUACGGAAAUUCAAAGGAUGAAUUAAACCCUACGCGCGGUCUCCGAGGAUUUUCGAUCAAUUGGCAACGAACGGGGAAAAGCAAUGGCGUUGGGCUUUCCUGUUUUGGGAUACCAUGGGAUUUUCUCUUCUUUUUACAUGAUACCCUGAGCGGAUUGGCGUUGCUGUAUUCAGUUAUCUUUAAUGCAGUUUCAUCAUUAUACAUAGUAUCAAUUGAAUGCAUUGUUGUGUUGUUCAGUUUGGGAUCCAAUUGUCCAGCCGCUGCACCAUAGGAUAGGUGUAGAUGAUUUGUCGUGAAUUGAGUAAAUAAUUUCAAACGGGGAAUGAACCAGAUCCUGAUACAAUGUUUUCUUAGUAGGACCAAAAUUGAUCAAAGAGAAUUAUUAAUUGCCUCUACAUACCAAGAAAUAAAUCACUCAUGUUCCGCACUGUACAGUACAUCACUUCUAUGAAGCUGGCAGAGAGCUGACCGCCGCGCAAAUUCUGCCACCUUCUCUCGGCGACCAUCGCGGCAAAGCUCUCUCCACAAACCACUUCGUCUCCUCCACCACCACCACCACUACCCCAAAACAAUAACAACGCUCCCACAACGCGCAAGCCUCCUACAACCUCAACUCCACCCUUUCUCUCCUACUCCCCUUCGUUACUACUCCUGAUCCAAAUACCCUUUACGCGUCCCCCGCGACUCUCUUGUUUACACCUUGCGCCUGCGGGAAACAUCUUGAGCUUUCCUUGCCCGUCACACGACACUCCGUAACCCCAACAAGCCAUGUCUACUGCUGUCACCAAUCCACCUCUCCAGUCUGAACCCAAGGCAGCUAAGAAGAAGCGUGCCAAGGGUGAGAACUCUUCCAGCGUGUCUGGAGCUGUAGUAGAUUCUCCAAAGCCUGGAACUCCCGCCACAGAAUCUACUCCAAAUGGGGUGGCUGGUGCCCAUGAACCCGCCUUUCUGAAGGAUCUGCUUAAGAGCCAUCGGAAUGCUGUCAAAAAAUUGAAUGCCACAUCCAAAGUGGAUAAUAUCACUGCAGAAAACCCAGGCAAGUCUCUCGAUGAACUGGUUGCAGAAAAGAAAAUCAAUGCGGACCAAAAAGCCCAGGCCUUGAAGAAGCCUGCUCUCCAAGCAGCCGUACUCCAAAUCGAGGAGCAAAUAAAUCAGUACAAACAAUAUGGGCAAUACUAUGAAGAUCGCCUCUCCAGCCAGAAAACUGAAAUAGAGAAGGCACACAAGGAUGAGUUAAACGCCCUCAAAGAGAAAGUGACUGCGGAGACGCUGGAAUCUGCUGAAAAGACAUUUGAACAAAGAUUGCUGGUGCUCAGUCAAUUUUUGCGCGCUGCUGCAGCCAUGAGACGCUCUGGAGACGAGACUUCAAGUGACAGUCGGGCAUUUGAGGGUGCGUUGUUCCAGGUCUAUGGGGGAACCGAGGAGGCAGUCAGCGCUAUGGUUAAACUGAUCAAUGGCGCGGAGGACAUUGUUCCAAGUGUUGACGCGGAGCCUCUCGACGUGCCAUACUCGAGGGUGAAACAAGUUUCUCUAGAAUACACCCCCCCGGCUACUGAAGGGUGGACUGAGGGGGCCCAAGCCACCGAAUCAGCUUCUGCUGCUGAAACAAAUGCCGUUACCGACCCUACCAUGGCCAACGCUGGUAUGACUGAACUUCAUGACCCUUCUUUGGCUACUCAACAAACCACUACCACAAACGGAUUUUCAUCUUCUGGAACGCCACAUCCAGAAGAAACUUCCUCUCCCCCAAGCCAAUCCGCUGUUAACAACGAAGCCGCAAACCCAAUAGCUCAAUUGAAAUGGGAUAACCAAGGAUCAAACAUGUCUGCUUCUACCACUGCUGAGGGGUGGGUCGAAGUCGAGAAAGCCGAUGUAGAAGCGACAUCAACAACAACAACAACACAAGUGCAGAACUCCACAGGCGGGGCUACUCCAGAGCCAAAUGACGGUUUCAAACCAGUUGUCAGCCACCACACUAGGCAAAAUAGUGGACGCGGCAGAGGCUUCCGUGGCCGUGGUGGACCUCGUGGUGAGGGGUUCCGGGGACGUGGAGGCUUCCGUGGCGAUCGUGGUGAAUAUCGCGGGCGCGGGCGCGGUCGUGGGGGUGAAUAUCGUGGCCGUGGUCGCGGCGGUUAUAAUAACGCGCAGGGACCGCCCCCACCAUCUCAAGGCACCCCAGCCCCUACGGAUCACACUGUGUAAGGCUCUUGACGGAGCCGGGGUAAGAGAAAGAUUCCCUCCCCUUGCCUCUCUAGGAUACUCUGAACAAACCGCUUGAUCAUCUCUGUACCUCAACCUUGCUCUCUCCUCAUGUUCUCUCUCCGCAUGUUCCCUCUCCAUUGACAUCCAUUGCACACCGCGAUUUCUCUACCAUGUGGCCAAAUACCGAAUACCCCAGUCCCUUUUUCUUUUUCUUUUCUUUUCUUUUCUUUUUUUUUUCGCAUUCAAUCUUUUCUAGAUAUCCAUCUCACCGUCACCUCUCCUCAUGUUCUCCCUUGUUGCUCUCGCGCUUUUUCUCAUCGCAAGAGAGGCAAAAAAACAAUCUCACCCCCACACCUACCCACACUCAGCACAUUUCAUUUUGAGCAGACACCUUACUCACGAAGCCCACGAAACGAAACGGAAAGACGAAUGAUAAAAAUAAAAAGAAAAUAAUUGGAAGGAAAAGGAACGGACAGGAAAGGAAAUAUAAGACCAGAAAGACCCCACGCCCUCAAAUCCCUCACAUCUACCCUCCUCCUACCUAUAUACGCUACCAGCAUGUUUCUGUGAUUUCAUCGGCGGUGACGAAAUGAAAAAUUUAACCAAAUUGACAGGCGCUUGGGAUCUAUUCUCUCUGAAGUCAUUUUUUAGUUUGGUCCUUUUAAAGCGUGCAUAAUGUAAUGUUCCAUUUCCCCAUUUCAUAUUCUAGGAAAUUUUGUUUUGCUUUUAUAUAUUUUAUCUAAUGACCUCCCCCAAAUUACCAAGCCAGCUUUCUUUUUGUCUUACAAAAAGCAGAAAUUCCCCAUUGCUCUCCAGCGUUACCUACCAACUGUGCCAAGCGCACUCACUCCUCCCAUUAGUGAUGGUAGUGAGUUGCGUUUGGCACUGUUAACGGUUAUCUUAUUCCCCAUGUUUUCUGCAUAUUUUUAUCAUCUGUCUGGUUUCUUUUCCCAAAACACCCUAUUCUUCCGUGUAGUUUUAUCUACUGCCCACUUCUUUCCUCAAAACCUUCACCUUCCAAACCUCCACCAUAGCAAAUGGGUGUGUCGCGGUUGUGAGACGAAUUUGACGACAGGUGCCGCGUGGUGAUGGAUAUUUGCCGAUCUCUCUGCUUCCCUUUUCCUUCUCUUCUUUUCUAUCAUCUAAAACGAAAAGGGGUGAAAUGGGGCUGCAGAGGGCCGGGAGGUUUGGCUUGGAUCUUUGCCUUGACCUUUCUCUUUUCCAUUUGGAAUUCGAGACUCACGGCGCCUUUUUACGACUUGCUUUUUUUUUUUUUUUUUUUUUUUUUUUUUUUUUUUUUUUU